UUCUGUAAUAAUAACCUGAACCUGGAUUUGAUUUCAACAUCAUCUGUGCGUCAACAGUGCCUUAAUCUGUUCCGUCCAUCGCAAAAAUGCCAAGAGGAUUUUUAGUGAAAAGGAACAGGAAACCAAACCCUAUGUCUUACAGGGUCCGCUCUGAUGAGGUGGAACAGGGACAACAAAUACAAGCUUUCGCAUCCUUCCCUGAGCGCGCAGAUGCAGCAUCCCUGUUCUGCGAGUCAUCAGCCACAGCAGCAGCUCCCGGACAAGAUGCUAAACCCGUUCAGUUUGGGAACCCGGAGGCAGUGUACAAGGCUCUCUACAGCCCCACCCGGCCCGUCAGUAAAGACCAUGAACAGGGAUAUUUAGAGAGACAUUUCAAUCUCGGGUCACCAGUGUCUGCUGAAUCCUUUCCCACACCUGCCACUUUAGAUCCCCUCUUUUCCCCAGUGGACCUAAAAAUCGGUACCAGUAACUGCAACCGGGCCGGGACAACCACGAACUCAAAUCUACCCGCUGUCACCGGGAAUGGCACCAAAAGGCCUUCAAGCGACACCGAGCGUAAAAACAAGCCUCCAUCAAAAAAAAACAAAGCUAUCAAGAAACUACAUUUCGAAGACGAGAUGACCACAUCACCCGUGCUUGGGCUCAAAAUUAAAGAGGCUCCCGUCGACCAAAAACCCAGACCACAGCCGGCACCAGGUGACAAGCCUCUCGGUGAGUUCGUCUGUCAACUGUGCAGAGAAGCAUAUGGCGACCCCUUCGCGCUGGCCCAGCAUAAGUGUUCCAGGAUAGUGAGGGUUGAGUACAGAUGCCCUGAAUGUGAUAAGGUUUUCAGCUGCCCGGCAAACCUAGCCUCCCACAGGCGCUGGCACAAACCAAAACCUCAAAAUAACGCGUCAAUGUCUGGUGUACAACAUAUUAAAUCAGAGAGCGAUAAAAUGUGCGCGCUCGACAAGGCUGUGUCUGAUGAAAUAAAGGGCCGGAGUGAUAGAGACACACCCAGCCCCGGGCUGUCAGAGUCGGGAUCAGUUGGAUCAGAGGAGGGUCUCUAUGAUUGUCAUCACUGUGGGAAAAAGUUUAAACGCCAGGCAUACCUAAGAAAGCACAUCCUAUCUCAACAUGCCACAGCUUCCCACAAUACCAGCAGUGAGGUCCACGAUGCCUAUCCCUUAUCCCAAAACGAAGGAAAGCCGAGUGACAAAACUCCAAGCCACGCACCAUUGAAUCUGAGUUCCUCAGGGUGCCACCUGUGCCCUGUUUGUGGAGAGGACUUUCCCAACAGAGUCAACCAGGAGAGGCACAUCCGUCUCCUCCACUCCUCGCAGGUCUACCCAUGCAAAUACUGCCCUGCCAUGUUCUACAGUUCUCCGGGACUUACACGGCACAUCAACAAAUGUCAUCCCUCAGAAAACAGGCAGGUUAUACUCCUUCAGAUGCCUGUGCGACCAGCCUGUUAAACUGAAGACAUACCUGUGCCUUUACGCGUGGACGUCAUACAGUAUGCGUCAAGUUUGUCUCAGUCCUCGACCACUGCAUUUAAUAAUGGGGGAUUUAAAAUCCCGUUUGGAGCUUGAAAUAUAUAUUUUUCAGACUCAUCUUAGUUUAUCUAAAGUACGUAAAGCAUUAGACUGUUAACUUAUUUUUCUAGGAUCUCUGCACAAGUGCUAUUGCAUUAGCUUCUAGACCUAAGAAAGGCAUAUCCUAGCUGUACCGUUGUCAUAAAAUUGCCUUUUAAUUCACAGGCUGGAAAUGUAUCUAUCACUUUAUUAGCUUGUGAAUCUGUGGACAUUCAAUUUUAGCUUUGUCUCUGAACAUAAUACAAUUUGAAAGGUUUGCCCUAGUGUAGCCAUCAAUGCCUUGGAUUAGAGCUCAUGUACACUCCUGCUGUAAAACUGCCUUCAUGUAUAGGUCGAAUAAUGAUUGUUUUUAAUGUCUUAUUUAUUAUUGGCCAGAUAUUGUAUCAUUAUUGUUAUUUUACACGUGUAUUGCCAAUAUACUACACAUGAAACCA